GGAUGCACCUUAAUUGCCUUCUUGGGGAGGGACAAAUGAAUCGACUGUCGUUAUUACUUCUCGUCUUAGUUGCAAUCAUUUCAAGUAUGGCAAUCGUUGCUUGCGGUUCUGCCGAGCCUCAGAUCGUAGAGGUUGAAGUCGUGAAGGAAGUCGAAGUCGUCAGAGAAGUCGAAGUUGAGGUCGUAAAGGAAGUCCCCGUUGACCGGGAGGUCGUGAAAGAAGUUGAAGUCGUCAGAGAAGUCGAAGUCGUAAAGGAAGUCAUCAAAGAGGUCGUGGUAGUCGCCACUCCGGUGAGACAGGCGCAGGAAGCCACCUUCGUGAUGCGCGCGCCCGAGCCUAAUCCGAAGCGCGGUGGAAACCUUCGUACGGCCUUCGGUGUAACCAUGACCAACUUCGAUGUCCAGCAGGGCGCGGGCCCGCAUGUUCUCGGACACUUGUACAACAAGCUCGUAACCAAGAACCUG